CUCGCAGUCAUAAUCAUGCACAGAUGGCUAGCAGCUGCCGGGUACAUCCAGGUGGCUACUUGUCGCUGCCAGUGUCCCGUCCGUCCCCGCAGCUAUUACACCGUAACCGCUCCUGACUGCACGGAGCGGCACGUGUCGACGCGCGGAGCCCCGCCCUUUCUCUGCAAAACUGGCCAAUCAGAGGGCGGCAUGAUGAUGCGUCCGAGUCCUCUCGGCGAAUCGCAGCGCCGCUUGUUGAGCGGAGGCAGCGGCGUUUCGCGUAUGUGGAGGGGCCUGUCUUGUGCUGUCAGCAGGGAGGAAGCCCGCAGUGCCAAAGUCUCAUCAUCUCUGGCGAGGAUGCCGCAGACGAACAAAUUCAGGAACGCCCCGGCGUGCUCGGGCCCGGCCUCAGCAGAGGACGUGGACCCGGUGUCCAUGGAGGAGAGCCGGGCUUUGGGGGACGCAGGAGGAGGAGGAGGUGGAUCUGAAGGGGACAAUGUUGGAGACAGAGAGAUAAUCAAGUCCCCCAGUGACCCUAAAGAGUACAGGUACAUCGUGCUGGACAACGGGCUGCGAGCUCUGCUCAUCUCAGACUACAGCGGCCCAGCAGCAUCCGAAGAUGAGGAGGAGGAGGAAGAGGAGGAGGAGGAGGAGGAGGAGGAGGAGGACGAAUCUGGAGAUGAAACUGAGGACGAGUCUGAGGAAGACGACGAGGACGACGGUGAUGAUGAAGAUGACGAUGAGGGAAAAAAGAAGAAGGGAAAUGCUGAGAAACAGUCUGCAGCAGCGCUGUGUGUUGGAGUGGGCAGCUUCAGUGACCCCAGCGACCUCCCGGGCCUCGCUCAUUUUCUGGAACACAUGGUGUUCAUGGGCAGCGAGAAGUACCCCUCCGAAAAUGGCUUUGAUGCUUUCCUCAAGAAGCAUGGCGGGAGCGACAACGCCUCCACCGACUGCGAGAGGACCGUCUUCCAGUUUGACGUCCAGAGGAAGAGCUUCAAAGAGGCUCUUGACAGGUGGGCGCAGUUCUUCAUCUGCCCCCUGAUGAUCAGAGACGCCAUCGAUAGGGAGGUGGAGGCUGUCGACAGCGAGUACCAGCUGGCUAAGCCGUCAGACUCCCACAGGAAGGAGAUGCUGUUUGGCAGUUUGGCCAAACCUGGACACCCUAUGGGCAAGUUCUGCUGGGGGAAUGCCCAGACACUGAAGCACGAGCCCCAGAAGAAGAAGAUCAAUGUCUAUAAGCGACUGCGUGCCUUCUGGAAGAAACACUACUCAGCCCACUACAUGACCCUGGCAGUGCAGUCAAAAGAGAAGCUGGACACUCUGGAGGAGUGGGUGAGAGAGAUCUUCAGCAAGGUGCCUAACAAUCAUCUGGCCAAGCCAGAUUUCUCUGAUUUGCUGGAUCCCUUUGACACACCAGCCUUUAACAAGCUCUACAGAGUCGUCCCUGUUAGGAAGGUUCAUGCUCUGAAUAUUACCUGGGCCCUACCCCCUCAGGAGAAAUACUACAGAGUGAAGCCUCUCCACUACAUCUCUUGGCUGAUUGGCCAUGAAGGCACAGGAAGCAUCCUCUCAUUGCUCAGGAAGAAGUGCUGGGCUCUGGCCUUGUUUGGAGGAAACAGUGAAACCGGCUUUGACCAGAACACCACCUACUCGAUCUUUUCCAUCUCCAUCACACUCACCGACGAAGGCUUCCAAAACUUCUAUCAGGUGACUCACCUGGUGUUCCAGUACCUGAAGAUGCUGCAGACGCUUGGACCACAGCAAAGAAUAUAUGAGGAGAUUCAGAAGAUUGAAGCGAACGAGUUCCACUAUCAGGAGCAAAUCGACCCUAUAGAGUACGUCGAGGACAUCUGCGAGAACAUGCAGCUGUUCCCUAAAGACGACUUCCUGACAGGAGAUCAGCUGAUGUUUGAGUACAGCCCAGAUGUGAUCAGUGCAGCCUUGUCGCUCCUCACCCCGGAGAAAGCCAACCUGAUGCUGUUGUCACCAGAACAUGAGGGCCAGUGUCCCCUCAGGGAGAAGUGGUUUGGCACACAAUACACCGUGGAGGACAUCCAGCAGCAGUGGAUGGAGCGGUGGACAGGAAACCUGGAGCUGAACGGCGACCUCCACCUCCCCGCUGAGAACAAGUUCAUCUCCACUGACUUCGCCCUGAAGCCCUCUGACUGCCCAGACACCGAGUUCCCUGUCCGGAUAGCCGACAGCGACAGAGGCUGCCUGUGGUACAAGAAGGACAAUAAAUUCAAAAUCCCUAAAGCCUACAUCAGAUUCCACAUAAUCUCUCCUGUAAUCCAGCAGUCUGCGAAGAAUGUCGUCCUGUUCGACCUGUUGGUCAACAUCCUCGGCCAUAACCUUGCAGAGCCGGCCUACGAGGCCGAAGUGGCCCAGCUGGAGUACAAACUGACGGCCGGUGAACACGGCCUGGUCAUCAAGGUCAAAGGAUUCAACCACAAACUGCCGCUGCUGUUCCACCUGAUCAUUGACCACCUGGCUGAUUUCUCUGCCUCCCCUGAUGUCUUCAGCAUGUUCGCUGAGCAGCUCAAGAAAACCUACUUCAACAUCCUCAUUAAACCAGAGAAACUCGGCAAGGACGUUCGUCUGCUGAUCCUGGAGCACUCUCGCUGGUCCAUGGUGGAGAAGUAUCAGGCUCUGACGGCCGGUCUGACCAGCGCCGAGCUGAUGGAGUUCAGCCAGAAUUUCCGGGCCGAGCUGUACGCCGAGGGACUGGUUCAGGGCAACUUCAGCAGCGCUGAGUCAAAACAGUUCCUGCAGUAUAUCACAGAAAAGUUGCAGUUCUCCAAGCUGCCAACAGAGGUGCCGGUGAUGUUCAGAGUGGUGGAGCUUCCUCUGAAGCAGCACAUCUGUAAGGUCAAAUCGCUCAACAAGGGAGACGCCAACUCUGAGGUCACCGUUUACUACCAGUCCGGCCUUAAAGCCUUGCGGGAGCACACACUGAUGGAGCUGCUGGUGAUGCACAUGGAGGAACCUUGUUUUGACUUCCUGCGGACCAAAGAGACACUGGGGUACCACGUCUACCCCACCUGCAGAAACACCUCGGGCGUUCUGGGUUUCUCUGUCACCGUGGAAACACAGGCCACCAAGUUCAAUACCGAGCUGGUGGAGUUAAAGAUUGAAGAGUUCUUGGCUUCAUUUGGGGAGAAGCUCAAUACACUGACUGAGGAGGCCUUUAACACUCAGGUGACUGCCUUAGUGAAGCUGAAGGAGUGUGAGGACACACACCUCGGGGAGGAGGUGGACAGGAACUGGGGCGAGGUGGUUACACAGCAGUUUGUGUUUGACAGGCUGAACAGAGAGAUCGAGGCUCUGAAGCAGAUGACCAGGGACGAGCUGGUCUCCUGGUUCCAUGAACACCGAGGACAGAACAGCCGCAAACUCAGCAUGCAUGUUGUCGGAUUUGGUGCUGAGGAGAACGACGAGGAGGCUGGUGGUGACGAGUGCAGAAAGGAGCAUUUAAGUGGCUCGACCUACGGCGAGGUGUCUAAGCUCACCUUCCUUCAACCCUCACCCAAGAUGGCAGGCGCCGAAGCCAUCAUGGACAUCCAUGCUUUCACUAAAGGCCUCCCUCUCUUCCCCUACCACAAGAUACUCGGAUGAACUCAGACUGCCAGACAGACAGAUGACUGUGCUUCGCCUCUCGCUGAGCCACGAUGAGGGACUCUGCCUCAUUAGAGAUGCAGGCACUUAAUAUGUGGAGGUGAAGGAAGGUUAAAACAGCUCCGGCUCCUCUCUGGACAUGGAUGCUGUCUCUGGGAGCCCAGCUGUGGAUUUUACCCUCGCUGUGUGCACAAGCAAAAAGGCCUGAAAUUGAUGAUUGUGUUCUCAUAGCUUACUGAUAAUCCAUUCUGCUUUCACACGCUCAAUUGUUUUAUUUCCUCUGAAACCGGGAGUGCAGGAGCGUUCUAUCUAUUUCUCAAUUCCACCCUGGAAAUCUUUGAAUCAUAUUCUAAUUUAUUUGGUUCUCUCAGCUCUGCUGCUGUUACAUCUUCAAAUUAAUGUCUCUCCUGCUGUUUUUGCGGGAGCACAGAUCGAGUUUAAUACAAUUUUAAAGACACAAACAGACUGAGUCCUUUUGAACUCCAGAUGUGUGUAUUUGAGUGAUUGUGUGCUCGGUUUCAUGCUCUGCUGUGUUUUUAACAAACCUGGAUCAUGUCAUGGUGUGAAACUGCAAAGAAAUAAAUCAAUCAGUGAUGACUGAACAAA